CGUUAUUAAAUGGUAUCAGUCACAUAUAUGCGUUUUCGCCGCACAACCGGAUGCAACCGCAUCCUGCUGCCGCAGCGCAGGAUGACAUGACAACCACAAUGACAUGAAAGCACGUGUUGUUGCACGGUGGUUGUCAUCCAAUUUGUCAUCAGUUGUCACACUGAGCGUUGCAACCUGGUGUUUUCUUGGGUUUACAAUGUUUGAUGUCAGCUUAUUCAUCGAGUGCGUGCAUGCAAAAACUGCACUGUGGGAGAAACAAUGUAAAGAGUAUGGAGAUAAAAACUGUAGGGAGAAAGCAUGGGUAGAAAUUGGAGAAACAGUGUAUAAGAAUUGGAUGGAGCUUGAUUCAAUGGAGAGAGAUGAGAAAGUAAAGGAAAUGAAGAAUAAAUGGCGACAUGUUAGAGAUAAUUACUAUAAGUUUAUGAACCAAGGCAAGAGUGGUGAUGCUGCUCCCAAUAAGAAAAAAAAAUACAUAUAUGCGGACUCUCUCACGUUUCUGCAAAUCACAAUGAAGAAACGAAACACGUCCGGAAAUAUCCCUAAAAACCUUGGAGCUGAAGAGAAUGAGGAAGAUGAAGAAGGUGUAAAUACGGAGGACAGCCAAGAACCGGAUGAGGUGGAAGAUGCAGCAGGUGUUGCUAACGAAAUCCGACGUCCAAAAGCUACUUCAAUUAGGGAACGACAACGUAGAGUACACAACCUUACGCCUUUUCAAAAUCAGCUACUAAAGAGAUUAGAUAAUAGCUGCAGCAAACACAUAGAAGAUGAUGCAGACAAGUCAUUUUUAAUGUCUCUUCUUCCUGAUUACAAACAGUUGAACGCUGAAGAGAAAUUAGAUUUUAAAUUUAUGACUCUACAGUUUUUUCGAGACCUUCAACAAAUGAAAAAUAAUUCAACUCCGCUUGCUUCAAUGAAUGCUACUUAUCAGUUCUCAAAACAUUUUCUUGACCAUUCACAAUAUCAUCUACCGCCUCAAGUUGCCCAAACUUUUAAUCAAUCAACUCAUACUCAACCACGUCCAUCAUUUGUUCAUACUCCUCUCAUAUCCCCACAGAACUCUCAACAGUCAAGUGAGUCAUGUAUGUCUCACAGAUCAAUGUACGAGUUGUAAUAUGACUAUG